UAAAAUCAGUUUUGUUCAUUGUACAAGUGAGUUGGUUUGUGUCGUGUUUUUUGUGUUUUAUUCAGGAAAAGUAAUUUAAAAUCGAAUUUUUUUUUCCUGUGCAAGCACGUGCAGACUGCACGUACUUUUUGAAGCAUGUUUUUUGAAUUGACUGUUUAGGCACAAUAUUAACCACGAAAAUCUAGAAUAAAUGGUCAUAAUGUGGAAGACGCUAUGUGCGGCGUCUCAGCGUCAAAUAAUUUGCGCUUUUAACUAGCGCUAAACUUAUAUCACACCGGGUCUAACUGGCAAAGGAAUCAGUCACGGCUUGACCGGAUAUUUUAUCCGUGUAGCUCUGAAAGCAGGCGUAGCGGGUCGGCGAAAUGGGGCUCAGUCCUUCUCCUUUGGACGACCAGUUCGAACCUCCACGGCUCGCGAGGUUGCUCCAUAGAUUGCCUCAUCUCAAUAUCACACUACAUCGCGUCAAUGACACGUUCGAUCCUACGAGUGACGUUUACCUCGAAAGUUUGGGCAUAUUAGCGUCCGUGCCCGCGUCGCUAUUGAUUUUAUGUCUUUUGGGGCUUUUGCUGUACCUGCUUACGAGGUGCUGCGACAGAAAACCUCGGCCUGCCAAAUCUAUAACGUGUUUAAAAGUUGUUUUAAGCCUCAUUACAGUGCUCUGUUGCGGCGCCAUAGGAUUAGGUCUUUAUGGAAACGAUGACUUACACAACGCAUUGCUGCAAGUACUUUCGUCUGGAAGGCAAGUCGAUGCCUUAGUUACUUCAGUGUGGAAUCAGACAUCUCAAUUGGAAUCGACACUGACGAGUCGCGUCCGUCCUCAACUCUUAGAGUUAGAGGACAUCUUCGAUGGCCCUGUGCGUGAUAUAUCAGCAGGGGCUGCGCUACAGGCAGCGCUAAGAAUUGUGCAGGGCAAUACUUCAGUCGCAGCCGGUGCGGCGGGAGACAUGAGACGACCGCUCGGUGGCAUUUCACUCGCCGCCACUCUGAAUGUAGGUGAUUUCGAAUAUUGGGAGUCAAUUCGUUGGCCGACCACCUUAGCUGCACUCGCCGUACUGUUAUCUCUCUGUGCCAUACUACUGGUUGGGGUUGCUAGACAUUCACGUUGCGCUUUAAUCACCUUCAGUGUCAGCGGUCUCUUGGCUGUCACUGCAAGUUGGUUGUUAUCAGGCCUAUAUUUGUCUAGCUCCGUAGCAUUGGCCGACCUCUGCAUGGAUCCUGCUGCAUAUCUAGCUAGCCAAGCACCGCCAUACUUGCCACCGGAGGUAUUGCUUUAUUACACCCAGUGCGAGAGCGCCAGGGCUAAUCCAUUUACUCAACGUUUGAGGGAAUCUCAGAAAGCUGUUGCUGCUGCUCGAAGCAGCUUGACAAUUGUGUCUAAGAUAUCUUUAGAAUUAUUUCAAACCUCGGGUUUAAAACCUCGUCUUGCCGCACUUACAACUGAUCUCAACUCAUGCGAACGCCUUUUGACCGGGUUGACUGCUCUCCUGGACUGCAGAGCAGUGCAUGGGCAUUUUUUGACUGCUUCGCGUUCAUUGUGCGAUGGUGGACUUAUGGGACUCGCACUUAUGCUAGCUGCUGGACUUCUGGCUGCAUUUUUGCUUACGGUUAUGGUUUGGGUCGAUUCGCACACGUGGAUUUAUAUCAGAAAAAAAAGAGAUUACACCACUGUUGAUGAAGCGGAUCCGUUCCUACCCCCGCAGCAGGCAAGCCAAGCAGUGGCGGCGCGUACGCUGCAGCGAAGCAAUCAGCAUCAACAGCAAGCAGGGUCGUUACCUCGUCCACCCUGCACGCCAAUGCAUCAACCUGUAGCACCACCUUGCACGCCGCCGCCUGCUUACGGCACGCAUGCUUUUGACAAGCACGACAUGUCACAAGACUCUUCGUCAUCGUUCAGACAUGACAGAUCCCUGUCACGAAACAGUCAUAGGGUCGACGGAGCCGGUCAUCUCGGUCAUAUCGGGCACCGAACACACGCUUCGCAUGGAUCGCAUACGCUCGGACGGCUGCCGUCUCAUGGACACUCACCGCCGUCGCAUUUCGGAAGCGGAGCGGGAGGACCCAACAAUGGGAAGUACGCGACUUUGAGCAAGCAAUGCAAGACUCUCGAAUCAUCUGAUUUCUACUGAGAUUCAGUCGCCUGCGGUGCCUCGCCCCCAAGGGAUCCGCGGGAUGUGACUACCACUGAAGGGGGCAUCAACCGUUUUGAUCCGAAGUAUGCAAGUUUCGGUCCCAAAGCAGUCCGCUGUCCAUCCGUGCAAAACAACUGUGCGACCUUGCGACACGGCACACGUUUCGGCGCUCGAACAACGCCGACUGAUAAAUUCAACUCGUUGGGCAGACGGCCGCAGCAGUCUAUAUCUAUUUUGAGUCAACCGCUACCCGAUAUUCCGCAAGAGGCUCCGCCAAAAGCAUCCAACGCGGUCACAACCUCGGAUCAGAAUCAGCCGUUAAAUGCCAAGAACUUUGCGGCGUAUAGGUCCCUUCAACGACCAGCAAAAGUGCCUAUAGCGCCAACCGCUCCACCGGUAGAUCCGCAUUUGCACUAUAGGACGAUGCAACGUACUGGUCAAAACCAGAACAGCGAAUUGUAUGCAGUCACAGAAUUGUAAGCGAAUUUUGUCCGCAGGCGACUAUCUCAUUUUUCAUUUUGAUCGAGCAGAUAAUAUAUGAGAAGUUUUAUUAAUAAAACAAUGAUCUGAUAUAAUUAAAUCGUUCUCUGUACUAUUUUUAAAAUGGAGUUUUAGUCAAUAUCUAUAACAAAACAUGAACAGUUUAUUUUGGUUGAUAUAUUUACUAGUAUCAAAGUUAGAACAUUUAGAUGAAAAAUGCCUUUUUUAUAUUUUCUCAUAGAAAACACAUGCUUGGAAGGAUUUUUAUUUAUAUGAAAAUUGUUGAGCUACACAAUUCUGUAAGCAAUU